UAUUUUUGACAAGUUUAUAUCAACAACCAGAAGCCGAACGAUAAACAUACCUGAGUCUCAAUAAUUCGUUUUAAUUUUGUUUAAAAAGUCAAUUUUUUUUAAAGAAUAAACUUGGAAGAACGUUCGGCAAACUAACCACAAAACAUGUUCUAUCACAUUUCGUUGGAACAUGAAAUUUUGCUGCAUCCAAAGUACUUUGGGCCACAGUUGAUGGAAACGGUGAAACAAAAACUGUACACAGAAGUUGAAGGAACGUGCACCGGAAAAUAUGGAUUCGUAAUUGCUGUGACAACAAUUGACAAUAUCGGUUCGGGUCUCAUUCAACCGGGACAAGGGUUUGUGGUGUAUCCAGUGAAGUAUAAAGCCAUUGUUUUUCGACCGUUUAAAGGUGAAGUUCUGGAUGCGGUCGUCACACAGGUGAACAAGGUUGGAAUGUUUGCUGAGAUCGGCCCAUUGUCAUGUUUCAUUUCACACCAUUCCAUCCCAGCUGAUAUGCAAUUCUGUCCAAAUGGAAAUCCACCGUGUUACAAAUCACAAGAAGAGGAUGUUGUUAUCGCUGCUGAAGACAAAAUUCGCCUGAAAAUCGUCGGAACGAGAGUUGACGCAACGGGCAUUUUCGCGAUCGGAACGCUCAUGGACGAUUAUUUAGGCUUAGUCGGCAGUUAAUUCGACAAAUACCGAGUCAUUCAUGCUAUAAAAAUCAAAUCCAAAAAAAAGAAACUUAAAUUUUAAUCCAAUUUUCCAUUUUUUUUUUGUAAAUGCACCAAUUUAAAAUAAUAAACCAUGUCAAAAGGAAGUAUCAAUAAAAAAAAAUUGUUUGAAGAAAAUGAAA